CUUUGAUCGAAAUGGCAGUUUGGAUCUUCGAGAAACUCCGAGAAUUUAGUUGUCAACAUCAUUUUCGCUGAUGGACCUCUUUUGGAACCAUGGCGUGUUGUGUCGCUUGAAUGAGGAAGUAACCAAGAAAUCACUCCAGUCCAACUGUUAGAUUUAGUAGAAACCAAACAUAUCCGUCAUCAUGAGCUCUCAUCCAAUUUCUUCGGCGAACCGCGGUGGUUUUGACGGCUCCAGAUUGAGAAAGCUGCAAUUAGAACGAGCGCGGAGUGCACUAUCCACGCAAGAACAAGAUGAAGAUACCAAGCGUCGAGAUGCAUUUCGGCGUUGGAGGAGUAUGAACGACACUACUGCAACAACAACGAAUGAACAACAAGAUGCACCACGUUCCACACCCAACCUGAACAGCCAUGUGAAAAAUUAUGGCGAAGAUAGAUUUGUCUACGUGUUACCAGAUCCCCAGAAAAAGCGAGAAAAGGCAGCCGCUGCAUUUUCUCCAUCGCUACCCUUCUUGAACCGAGACAAGGAGGAAGAAGAACAAGAGUAUCAGAGGAAUUUAAAGUACCCACAUGGAAUGCCACGAUGGGGUCCUCCAGCCAAGUCUCCACCUUCCACGCCCAACGAGAAUCGCCAAUUUGCUUCUCGAGAACAAACGCGAUAUAAUAACAAAGACGAAGCGACCAAAUCACCUUAUUCUAGGACGAAGAGACGACAACAGAAAGCCGAACGACAAAGAGCUCUGCAACAAAAAGCGCAAGAACAGUCGAGAUUGGCGGCUGCGAGGGCGGCCGACAAUUUGUCUCCACGCAACAACCCACACAAGAAGAAACAACAAGGACUGGGUUCACGGUUCUUGUUGGGACGACCAUCACUGCUGGAAUCCGCACGCAUCAAACAGGCGCAUGUCUUGGAUACCCCCAAACGAGGCGACCAAACCAGUAGUUUGCGCCAAACCAAGUCGCUGGAUGAUCCUUUGCAACAACAAGAACGGAAGCCACAGUGCGGUACCCCACAGACCCCACAGUCUGUGGGUAGCUUUGAGUUUCUAGUGGAUCGUCACCGAUAUACCAGCCAAGAAGAAAUGCUGGUGGAAACCAUUAGUCAUGACAGUUUUGCGGAUCGGGGAGGUGAUGUGGUGGAAGACGACGCUAGCGCUGUGGUGGAAGAACUAUCGAUUGAUUCGGAAGUGGAGUUACAAGAGGAUGAUCAUCUACCUGUCGUAGAGGGAGAUGACGAAACUUCUGCUGGUGACGACGUGUUGACCCACAAUGGUGAUGAAGAAGGUGAUAGUUGGAACAUGGACGAAAAAGAUGACAGCGACAGCAUAGCUAUUGCGGAAGAACUCAGUAUUGAUGAAUCAGUCAGCAAUGUUUCAGUCUCUCAGGAUUCCGAGCAUGCCGAAGUUUCUGAACGUGAUGAGGAUGAUGUUGCUUCAUCACCAUCAUCAUCAUCUGACUCGGAGGGCAUUGCAGAGACACCCCGAAGUUCCUCCAUUCCAACAGUGAUUCUCUCAGAUCCGGAGUCCUGUAGCCGCAUCUCGGAUGAUUACAGUAGCGUGAUUCAAAACAACUACAAUGAGCGAUCAUUUGAAGACGACGCAACUGUAUUUUUCGAUGUUGAGGGGUCUCUUCACCAACCACGACGAACGACAACAACUGCUCCAACAACAACAACACCUGCUCCAACAGCCAAAGGAAAGGACAGACCCUUUGACGCGAAACGGUGUCGUGAGUUGCUGGCUAUGCGAAACCAGUACUUGGAAAAGGAGGAACGAAGUAGUCUACUGAGCCCGCAGGCGGAGCAGCGGCUUGCUACGACACCUUCAUUGUUUCGGGCGGCGAAAGAAUCUACCAUACUGGAACUCUCCUCACGAAGUCGAUGGAUGGAUCAAACUCCUAUAGCACCUUCCACACCUGUCGUUUCGCCCUUUACGGCUCAGUAUGCCAGCAGUCGGCGAGAAGCCCUGGCUUCCAUGCCCGAUGACAGCCCCGGCAUUCAACCCAUAGCCCUGCACCCUUCCAUAGAUGUGCUGGUCAAACCAGGGCUCGCGAGUAGCCGAAACAGCCCCUGGCAUGUCCGGAAACCAACAAACCAAAAACAAGACGAAAACCAACACGACAACAAGACACCAAACCAAUCCACUUCAUCUACGAAACCGACUGGCCUUCUGGAUUCCAUCUUGAAGAGAGUCCAGCUAUUUCUUUUACGGUGUGUUCCUGUUUCUUUGCUUCUGUUAAAGGCUGCAUGGACAGGCCACGUCAUGCAAGAUCUGUUGACGAUCGAGGCCGCUAAUCUAGGGCGAACCAUCCCUCCUUUGGAAGCUCAAUGGUACUUUUCCUCGGAUGAAGUUGAGACUGACGAUGGCUCAUGCUCUCAUGAUAUUAUGCUCCAACCUUACUUCAGCGUGACACCAUCCUGUUUCAGCGAAAUGCCAAUUUUGCUGGUUGCACCUCCCGUUGACAAGGCUUUUGAGACCGGUGUCCCAAGCUACUUUGAAGAUGUCACGAACAGUAUCUUGGAGGAGUUUUGGGACAAUCCUUUGAUCGUGAAAUCACAGCCGGCUCAACCAGCCAAAACGGAUCAUCUGCAAGCCAUGCUUUUCGCCUGCACGUUGAAUCACCAAACAAUCUGCAGUGACAUUCAUGAAGUUUGCUGUUCCGUACCAUGGGAAUUGCUUGUUGAUGAGGAACAUUUCGGAAAUGAAACCUUUGAAGAAUCCAACAAAAGGAAAGCUCCGAUGCUUCAGGUGUGGGGCGACAAGCUACGAAAGCACGGACAAAAGCUUUUGGAACAACGAAUGCAACGUCGCGAAGUAUUCAAACUCUAGCUAGGCCCUAGUUUGUCCUCCUCCCUUCCCUCCUACAUCCACGACCAUCAACAGUAUAUCGCAGCUUCUCCCUUCCCUCCUUUCCUCCUGCAUCCACGGCCGUCAACAGUUUAUCGCAGCUUGCAGAUUCGGUUCCUCAACGAAUGGACUUAUACUGAACCGAGAUUGUUUCACCAUAUGGUGAGAUGUGGUCCUAGUCCACGUCAUAAUUAAGACGUUUUCAUUGAUUCCUUAGCUUACUGGCUAUAGAAAAGUUGGAAGGGACAAACAGUUCCAAAUGCAAUGAAAAGCAACUUGUUGGGUAGCUGGGCUGAGUUCGUCGCUGUUCAUUCCAGCGUGCUGCUACCAAACGCAAACAAUCCUGACGCAGUAAAAUCACCAUCAUGACAAUUGACAACAACACGGCUGGAGAGCUUGCACUACCGGUAGGAAGCAUGAGAGUCUUCUUUCUGAAUGCAAUCUCUUCCGCGAGAGUCGAGUCAACAUUGCGGUUCACGAUCAGUCCUCUCCCCAUUAAAUUUAUCUUCCAGCAGCGGUUCGAAUGCAAACAGACUGAUGCCUACCAGAGUAAACGUUCCAUUCAACAAUCCCCAGUCAACCUUUUUGGUGCCGGGAAUGUUGAAGAAGCGAGCACACGAUCACACUAUUGAAGCAAAAAAGUGCAUUCACAGCCAAUGAUAGCAACAUAGGCUUCAAGAGGAACGCUUUUUAGGCGUAUGUUGCUGAGAGAGAUUGCAUUCUCUGAUGUGGCUCCUAGAGUAGAACCCACAUCAGCAACAGAGAGAGAGCAGAAGAGCAAACUCUCAUGGUUUCUGUAUCAUUAUAUUUUCUAGUAGUUGGUUUUGCUUGGGGUAGAAAUAAAUGAUGUCUGUGAAUGAGCAACUGUGACUGACAGGCGACGAAUGGAAAGCGCUACCUCGACCCUUUGACCGACAUAUCUCCUCCUGCUGUUGUGGGUGAGUGCUUUCCCUGGAGCUGGAGCUGCUUGAGUUGAAGUGAGAAAUCAAGCGCUAGACCUGUGAGACGGGAAGCGCCAGCUGAAAUGGUGCCAUGGUACUUUCCUUGAGACUGGUUGUAUGGUAUCCGGUGUGCGCAAGCGAGCGCACCAAAAUCAUUCUUCUAACCUCUCUGAAAGACAAUCAAAGGAAAGCCUUUGUCCGUAAUUUUGGAACGACGAAUGCAAUGCAACGUCGCGAAGUAUUCA